GGUUUCAUUGGGAAAUUUGUAGGCUGUGUUGCCUCAUCUGCUGAUAUGAUGCAAAUUAAACAGCCCACCCCAUCCUCAGUUGGCAAAUCAUGACAUUGUCCACUGCCCAAUGUAGCGAAUGAUGAUAUUUCCCAAUCCUCAGAUGGAGCACUGAAGGGGAUUACGACUGUAGCCUACUGCGCGAGGCAAAAAACAAACAGGGACCCACACAAGCUCACUUACAAUAUGGAUAGCACAGAAGAUUCAAGUUGUCUGCACACAGCUUAAUCAGAAAACCAGCCAGCCAGCCAUAACAGCAUUCUCUCAAGGGGCAGCUGUGUCCAAGCCAAGAUGGAAGGUCUAAACAACGAGAGUAUAAGUGCUCCUCAGCCAGGGGGUAUUGACAUUGUGGGGGGAGGAGAGGACGGCAUUAAGAACCAGACAAGUGAGAGAUCCCAGCACAGCAGCAGCAACAUGGAAACUAAUACCAACCACUCAAACUGCUCAAGACCAGAACCAGAGAAGGCCUCCUGGUCUGCAGCUGCCACAGUCCCAGCAUGCCAAUCCCAAGGUUCCAGUUUAGAACAUUCUGGAACAGUAAUUCUGAAGAUUCCGUCAGCCAUUUUGCCAUUGUACCUCGGUGAGAACACUGUGCUUCUGCCAAUGCACCUCCAGCUUCCCACCGCAGGAGCACUUACCAAAGGCAAUGGACAUAUGGGAUCCACACCACACCUCCUCCUGUCCAAUCACGGCCCGGUAUCCCUUCCUGUGGUGGAUCAGCAGGUCUUGCAGUGUUUAAACUCUCAGUUAAUCCCACAAGGGGCUCUCUGUUCCGCUGCACCACUACCGUUGCCAUUGCAACAUAGCAGCAUCCCAUGCCAGGACCCCUCAGCCACGUUUUGCCAACCUCAGCCUCCCCCUGCUCCCAUCGAGCGUGAGCAGAAAGUGAUGGCAGAACAAGCCGCUUUCGAACAGGCCAGGCUGCCUUUCGUUCCAAACCCCUUAAGCUUCGCUGACAUUUUGCAGGACCCGUUUGCCUCCUCACACAAUAGCUUCGUACAGUUUUCUUGCCAAAGUGCCAGAGGAAAUCCAACACUCAACGCAAUCCCCAAAAGCGGUUUGCCAGCCCCGCCGCCAUUACCUCUGCCGUACCUGUGCCCUUCCCUGUUGGCACCUCUUGUACCACCCCCGACACUGUUGGUUCCUUUCCCCAUCGUUAUUCCCCUACCCGUACCUUUUCCCAUUCCCAUACCUAUCCCAAUUCCUUUCACUGCCAAAGCUGAGGAGCAGACCCCUAAAAGUUCCACAGAUGUGGGCACGCAAACCUGUGAUGGGUUUCCAAGUCCAUCCCGUCAUCAGGGUGAGUCAGAGGCAAGUGUGCUGGACUUAUCCAUGGUGGCUGCUGGGCCAAGUCAACUAAAGCAGGAGUUUGUGGUCCCUGAGGAGGACUCUCCACUCGACCUGUCUCUGGAAAGCCAUGGCCGCAAGCCAUCAGUGGUCCAGGUCGUGCAGGACGUGGAUGUAAAGCAAUCUGUGAAGGACCUGGAGAUAUCUCAGGAGGCUCUCCGGGCCCAGGAGCAUCUGAAUCUGGACUCAAAGACGCUGAACGGCCUGACGUCGUUGAAGGUCAGCAGGCGCCACAGGGGGGUUAUGGACAGGCCUUGCAGCCGUGAAUCUCAGAACUGCAUGGGAGAUUGCCAUUGUGAGAUCAUAGGCAGCUCGCAAAAACACAAGGUCAUUAUGGCCGUCAAGGACACCGUUCCAACGGCCAUCUUCCAGAGAAGGCUGAGAGAGCUGUCUGGAAUGUCGCCCGCUGCUGCCAUUGCUUACUCCAGGCAGGAUAUGGAGAAAGUUCCUCUGGUCCAGCAGCAGUGGCAGCAGCAGCAGCAGCAGCAGCAGCAGCACUGCAACCAAGUCCUCCAUGUCCAGGGAGAAAGCAGUCAUCAGCAUGGCAGCCCCAGCCCCAGCAGGGGAAGGACGGUGAAAUUCAAAAAGGUCAAUGUGCAGGAGAUACAAGUCCUCCCCAUCAAAAAGCAACGGUUUGCUUCUUUCUUCAAUAAUGACUAGAGAGUAGCAGGGCUUGACAAUGGCACACAGGGCCGCUGACAGCUUUGACCAGGCCUGGGACAAUAAAAUCUGAAAGGGCCCCCUGUCAAUUCGUACAAUGUAAUGGGACCCCACCCCCCUUACAUACACACACACACCCCCUCCCUGGGCCCGGGAAAACAGACCCAUUUGUUCUCUCCUGUCGUCAGGCGUCAUGGCAUCUGUCAACUGUCCAAAUGCUGGUCAGAUGCAACUGUGGCUAGUACAGUAGGGAGUCUGAAUAGCUAGUGACUUGGGAAAAACACCAGCCAUUGUGGCCAGUGAGAAAAACGUUCAUGUCAAGCCCCGGAGAGUUCUCUAUAUGUGGUUCAGAUUUGCAUGUGGUGCGAAUGAAAACUUGGAUGAGACUUCCGCAGCUGGCUUUGUUGAAUGAGGAAAUAUUAACAAUAUGAACUGCAGGGAGUGCGUCCAAGCACUUUUCCAUUCUAGGACAUUUGGAAUAAUCAGUACGGUUUGCUUGGCAUGGAGAGUUCUAUGCAUAUCCAACAAAGACAAAAAAAAUGAGAAAUGGGCCUACUUAACUGUAUCAUGUAUCAUUAUAGACCAUUUAUCAAUCUUAACCAAAAUCAUUGUGUUUAUUGAUACAUAGAUUCUGGCUAUUGCAACCAAUUCAGCACAUAAAAACAGGGGUGUGUGUUUCUGCUCCAUUUUACCACAUGGAAACACUUAACAAAACCAUCACCAUAUACACUUUCGAAAUAAAUAAUGUAUGGCAUUUCUACACCCACCUCCAAUUUUAACAGAAAACUCAGUUAUCCGUUUUGGCAAAUAAAGAUUUUGUGUUAUUCUGAGCUUAGCUGAGUUAAACCGGUUCAAAGGUGCAUUGUGUAAUAUUUUUUUUGCAGUUUCCUUCCAGCUGCCCAUUCACAAAUUACCUUGUUUAUGAAUACUUACCACCACCAUCAAAAUAUUGUACUUUUCAUACAAGAAAAAGUGUAUGCUCUCCAUGUCUGCCAUUUGGAAUGCCCAGAAAUAAAACAAAUGGCUACAAAACUUACUGUGCUUUGGUCAUACAAGUUAAGAUUAGCAACAUAUCAUUAGUAAUUAGUACUACUAAUAAUUGGUCUAUUAUUUAGUAAAUAUUUAUGAAAAGAUCCAAUUUGACAAUAGGUAGCAUAGUUUCAAUGAGCAGCAUAGUUGCAAUACCUACUCUGGCCACCAUCCAACACAGAGCACCUUUAAACAAAUCAGACUUCUUAUACCUCACAUCACAAUGUGAAUUAAUAUACAGUAUGUUUUCAAAUGAUGACAGCACACCACCAAUGUCAUUUCCUUGACAAUUUUAUAAAAAAUAGGUGAAGAAAUCAACAAUCAUUUUCAGAAAAUGAACAGAUAUUGUGUGUAAUGUGUGUGUAAUGACUUGGAAAUUGAACUGCACUGUACACCUUUAAUACGGUAAGUGCAAUGGUAUCAAAAGUAUCAAAUCAUCUGAAUCACCAAAACCUGAGUAUCAAAAUAAAGUUACCAGUCUCAGUAAGAGAUCUACACAGCUGAAUAUAAAAAAUGAUACAGUAAGAAAAAAAUCCUUUUACAAAUGAGAGAUCUUCAACAUUUAAAUACAUUACAUAAUGCUAUAACCUUAUCAUAAAACGUAAAGAUCCCAUUUGACAGAUGAUUGACAGCAAAAGAUUCAACAGAAAACAAAGUAAAAAAAUCAACAAUUUUAUAAAAGAAUAACAUGAAUAAAUAAUCACAAACGUUCAUCUUUGCAAGGAUAGAUGAUUCAACAACAUACGGCUGGAAGGUAGUCAAACUGAAAAAGCUGCCGUAAAAUAUGAGUUUGUCCACACAAAAAAGCACACCGAUAUAAUUACAUUAAGAUCUGGUCCUUAGCACCAAAGUUAGGGGACACUUGGAUUUCUGAAGGCUAAGAUAGUGCCAUCCUCCAGCAGUCGGACUGAAAGCAAUACCUUCAAGGUGUAUGUGACAAAUACUCUGACAAAACAUGCAAAUUUAAUCAGUGGAAAGUGGAAAAACUGUCAGAACAGUUAGCCAGUAUUAGUAAGGGAAGUUGUGCUGCAGCCUAAUGUUUUGACCAGAGGACCCCAGUAAGGAAGUGUUUUGAUGCUCAUUGAUCAUACCAUGAAUAGUUCCAAGAAUUUGUAACUCAUUCAACCUCUCUAGAAAAGCUUUGCUACUUUGCAUGGCGUGGUGUUUUAUGUACAGUUGCAUAUAAUAAUGUCAAGUUGAGAUGUAUGAGAAGAUCUGUGACAUGAUGAGCUACUCAGCAUAAACAUGAGGGAUAUAAAGAGAGCAGCAUCUUGAAACAUCUCUCUAUGAACCCAGUAAACUUGGGCCAUGGUAGAGACGCAAUAUGACUACACUUUAUCACUUGGAGAUGAAAUCACUUAAUUUUUAUACUAAACAUGUAACUGAUGAGAACUGUAAUAGAGGAACGUCCUGAGUUGUAUAGUUUAUCAAAAUAAAUAACAGCAGUGACAAUGUAACAGCAGUGAGAUUCUACAUAGGCUAGGGGCCAGUGUCAGAAAUGUCCACAUACCACACCAUACUUCACUACAUAGUGCGAGUUGCAUUGGUUUGUUUGCUACAAAGUGCACCAUGUAAUGAAACAAGCUGUUUCAGCUUUAGUCUAGCCUUGAUUUGACACACCAAAUUAGCCACUGCCAUGGAAACGGUUCCUUGAAACACUGGUUACAAUAACAGUAAUGUUGCCCUGCUUUCAAAAAGCAGUUCUCUUCAUAUUCUGAUCGAAAUCAUAACAGUUUGAGUGAAUCAGAAUGUGAAGCCACAGCAAAACUUCAUCAACAGUCGCUUUAACCUUAUGUUUUUAACUAUGCUUUAACUUCCAGAACUUUCAGAUUUUACAGUCUUACACAAACACGAAGUAUGUUAACUUUUUUGGUUUAUACUAUGUUGAAAGAAAUUCUUCACUUUAGUUUUUUGUCUGUUCUUUACACAUAUAUUAUUUUUACAACAACCUAUGGAUUUGCAUUGAUCUUUAAUAGAUGUUUCCAGUCAAUGCCCAGCAGCAGCAGCAGCAGCAGCAGAAAAAGC